GGGUGCAUCCUUUAAUGAAAAGCAAAGAAAAAAACGUGUUAUCGAGGAUUGCUCUAGGGAAUGUCUUUGGAAUCCAGAAGGGCGGAGGAAGGACCAUGCCAUUUAAUUUUGAACGGCUGGUGAACUCAAGUUCUAUGACCUUGACAGGCCGGUCAAACAUAACCGGAGCCAAAAGGGAGUGCUACUGAUAGGCAUGUUUACAGGUUAGCGGUUAGCCAGUGUCCAAGGUCUCAGAUAACCCCAUCUGUUUAGCACUGGACCUUUCUGCUUUACAGAACAAAGGAGGCCUCAAGAACAAACAGCUGGAUCUCAUAACCGCACGCGUGUAAUCCACCAUUACAGGUGGUGUUCGUCGCUGCUAAUUACGUAUACCAGUUUGGAACGUUCAUUCGUCGUAGCCAUUUUCGGCGUCAUCAACAGAUUCAUCUGACUCCAGAUUCUGAUCAGAGAUCACUCUUGAACGUUCAUGAAACAGGACGGGAAAAAUCUAUAUAUGCCCAUACACAGGUCAUGAACAAUGAAUAUUUCCAUGCCGAAUCGCUAAUCUAUUGUUACUCGUUAGUCUUGGGAUUUUUUUUUGCCAAAAUGAAGUUUCUUGAAAUCAAGCUUCCAUACCCCGCCAUCCAUUGUGCCGUCUCCGCCGGCCUCCUCGCGACGUGCCUUUUGAUCCUCGCCGUAGUGAUCCUGCCCGACCACCGCGAGCCGCCGCUGCCGCCGGUGGCGACCGACGACGGCCAUGGCGGCGGUAACCUGUCGUGCAACAUCUUCCAGGGCGAGUGGGUGCCGGACCCGGGCACGCCACGCUACACCACGGAGAUCUGCCCCGUGAUCCACGGCCACUACGACUGCGCGCGGUACGGCCGGCCGGACCUCGGGUUCGUCCGGUGGCGGUGGCGCCCCGCAGGGUGCGAGCUGCCGCGCCUCGACGCGGCGCGGUUCCUGCGCGCGGCGAGGGGCAGGUCCAUGGCGUUCGUCGGGGACUCGCUCGCCAGGAACCAGAUGCACUCGCUGGUGUGCCUCCUGGCGCGCGCCGAGCGGCCGUCGCCGUGGACGAACGCGACGAGGCACGCGUACCGCUUCGGGCGGCAUGGGUUCACGGUCGCUUCGUUCUGGUCGCCGUUCCUCGUCCGCGCCGUCGAGGCCGACCCGGACGGGCCGAAGGGGAGCGGGGCGAGCCUGUGGAACCUCCACCUCGACGAGCCGGACGCCGGGUGGGCGGCGCGCGCCGGCGAGUUCGACUACGUGGUGGUGUCGGCGGGGAGCUGGGCUGGUUCCAACAGCCGGUUCUUCCGCCCGUCCGUGUUCCACGAGCGCGGCCGCCUCGUCGGGUGCAACGGCUGCCUGGCGCCCAACGUCACCGACCUCACGCUCCGGUACCCGCUGAGGAAGGCGUUCCGGACCGCGCUCCGGGCGGCGGCGGUCGCGGGCUUGCCCGGACGCGGCGCCAGGACGACGGUGGUCGUGCGUACGCUCUCGCCGUCGCACUACGAGAACGGGACGUGGAACGAGGACGGCGACUGCGCGCGGACGCGUCCGCUCGCGCGCGGCGGGUGGGAGAUGAACGCGGUGGAGAAGGAGAUGUAUGCGAUACAGGCGGAGGAGUUUGCGGCGGCAGGGAGGGAGGGGAAGGACGCGAGGAUGCUGCUGCUCGACGCGACGGAGGCGAUGGCGCUGCGGCCUGACGCGCACCCGAGCAAGUACCGUCUGUGGCAGCCCGACAGGUUCAACGUGUCGCGCGACUGUUUGCACUGGUGCCUGCCCGGCGCCAUGGACGCCUGCAACGACAUGCUCAUCCACAUGUUGCUGCACUAGAAAGUAGAAACAGGCCCGAUUCGACGAGUUGCCAUUCUUUUGGUAUUUGAUUUCGGUACGCCGUUAGCAGUUGUAGACUGUUGUAGCAUGCAUAAACCAAGCUGCAUCUGACAAACAAUCACCGAGAAUAUAUAUGAAAUUCCUGCAGAUAUUAUGCAUGACCUGUAUCGAGUCUCGUGGAUUGUUAUUAGUAAUUGGUGAA